CUUUGCCAUUGGGAUUGUCUUGCCACAUGUCUACACCUCCAGUCGCCCUCCCAAAUAUCUCUUGAUCAAUAGCAUAUGAGGCCACAAUUGACGGUUAUAAUAUUCUUUAUGACCUUGUGUUACACUGUGACAAUGACUUCUUUUGAGUCUAGCUUUGAUUUUCCCGUCUAUCUGAUGCCGCCUUUGACUUAUUUGACUUUCUUCAAUGCGCGGAAAGACGAGACACAAAAGAAAUGUCAUCUCAAUCCCGCUUAUCAAUGGACACCGUCUUCUGUUAUUACCCAGCCCAUGGUGCUCUCUAACGAUACAACACGUUACCGUUGGAUCUAUCCACCUUUCUAAGCACACCAAGUUGCCGGACUCCACCAAUUCAUUGGAUAGCUAAACCUAGCUUUUAUACUGCAAACGUCAAGCCGUAUUCGGGGAAAUGCCAAACGUUACCGAGACUAUAGACUCUACACGAAGACCGAGUCUCGAGCCAAUAUGGACACUCUACCAAAACCUCAACGGCCUGCCCAAGACUGCCUUCAGACCGGCCAAUAGUCCUGAAGGCCUCACACCUUCGCCAAUGUCCCCAAAAAGUUUGCCUAGUCCCAUCUACCCGUCCUAUGACCGUUGUAUGGAACUACACGAACGAGCAAUGGUUAGUCGUCUGAACGGACUGGUCCGCCAAAGCACUACGAGCAUUACGCCCCCGAGACAU